AUGGACACCGUUGCCGCCUGGCAGCAGUUUGAGGGGCAAGAGUACAUGACGGUGUGGCCGGAGGAGCAGGAGUACCGGACGGUGUGGUCGGAGCCGCCCAAACGGCGGGCCGGGCGGAUCAAGUUGCAGGAGACGCGCCACCCGGUGUACCGCGGCGUGCGCCGCCGUGGCAGGGAAGGGCAGUGGGUGUGCGAGCUGCGCGUCCCCGUAAGCCGGGGUUACUCCAGGCUCUGGCUCGGCACCUUCGCCACCGCCGAGAUGGCGGCUCGCGCGCACGAUUCCGCCGCGCUCGCGCUCUCCGGCCACGAUGCCUGCCUCAACUUCGCCGACUCCGCCUGGCGGAUGAUGCCCGUCCACGCGACCGGGUCGUUCAGGUUCGCUCCCGCGCAAGAGAUCAAGGACGCCGUCGCCGUCGCCCUCGAGGCAUUCCAGGAGCAGCACCAUGCCGACGCGUCCACGACGGAGGCGAGCGCGCCCUCCAUCACCUCAAGUGACUUAUCGGGGCUGGACGACGAGCUCUUGAUUGAUGGCAUGGACGCGGGGUCGUACUACGCGAGCUUGGCGCAGGGGAUGCUCAUGGAGCCACCGGCCGCCGGUGCAUGGCGGGAGGACCACGAACACGACGACGGCUUCGACACGCCGACGUCGCUGUGGAGCUACUAGUUCGACCGAUCAAGCAGUGUAAAUUUUUAGACAGUUGUUGUAGCAGUAGCUAGUGUAGCUAUGUUCUUCCAGAUAUGGGAAGAACAGAGAGUAAGCGUCGGGGGCUAUGUUUUCCCCAAAUGCGAAAGCUCUCGGUUUCUACUUCCAGGAGGCCA